AUGCAUGUGCCGCGCAGCUCGUCGAGCGCACCACGGGCCGGCCAGAAGCUGUGGAUCUGGCCUCACAGGGCCGACGUCGUGCAGCACAGCUCGGUCGUCGCCCAGAGCAGGCUCCGAAGCUCCAGGGGCACGUCUUUUUCACUGUACAGGUUGCGGGGCAAGUGUUCCGCCGCAUCGCGUCCCCGCACCUCGGGCUCCAGAAGUGACUCCGAGGUGGGGCGAGCGACCCCGACCCGGGCGUCAGUGCAGUUGGAGGGUCCCGAAACCAUCUGGUGGCUCGUGUUAUGUUCCCGGCUGUUGCGCACUUUUUUGUUUGAUCAUCACCACGUGUUGAUUCUCGAUUGCCGAUUCUAUGCAGACACUCGCUUCGGCAUGCGCGCCGAGGGGCGGGUAUUGCAUCAGCCUUCUUGUUUUGAGCUGCGCGUCCUUGCAAUGCCGUGGCAGUGA